AUGAGCUCGCUGCUGCAGUCCGUACUCGGCGUCGACCUGAGCGCGGGCUCGGGCUUGUCCACGGAGGCGUUCCGGAAGAAGCUGGACGUGCACAUCGCGAACAUACAGUGCGUGCUCGCCCUCGCGUCUCCGUCCCCGCGAUGGGCGCCUCGAGCGUCGCGUCCUCGCGCCGCGCGUCGGUCAGAUCCCUACCCCCGCUCUCCCCGGUACAGUAACGACCUUCCGCGAACGACUGAACUCACCCGUCGAACGAACGAACGAACGAACGUCCCACCACCCUCGUCGUCGCGUCGUCGCAGAGCCGCGAAAGCGGAAGCGCUCGAGCGCGGCGGGAGCCCGCUCCCGAACCCGGACGGCGUCCCCGCGAGCGCGCGCGAAGGCCUUCGGGCGUGGUUCCGCCCCGGCCGGCUGUGGCUCGGUGAGAUUUGCAUCCCUGGGGAAAACGGCGGCGUCGGCGGCGCCAAAUACGUGUUUCAAGUCAUCGACUGGAACCCGAUCGCGGCGACGUGGACCAUCUCGCACGCCGCGCACGGCGACGAGCAGCUGUGCGCGCUGAAGAUUGGCGAGGAGGAGACGGGCGAGGACGGACGCGCGCGCCUGCCGUUGUCCUUCUCGGACGCGGAGACGCGGUGCGAGGGGCAUCUCCGCGAGGACGGCGCCAUCGAGGGGAGCGUCGGUCAGUCCGAAGCGCCGGGGGAGAAUUUCGAGCACAACAGGACGGCGUCGCACACGUUCUCGCUGCGUCCGGCGACGCCGGACGCGAUCACCGGGAAGUUUACGGCGGCGGUGAGGCAGCGGAUAUCGAGGCUCGCGCGGUGGAAAAUCGCGGACGAGGUUUUGCCGGAGACGUUUCGAGCGUUGGAGACGAUCAAGCAAAACGCGCCGAUGACGUCGACGUGCCGCAGCGCGAUGAAGCGUUUAUACCUCGAGACUGGGCUGCUCGAGACGCCGCCGUUGACGGAGCGGAUGCUCGCGUCGAUUCACGGUCGCCGUUUGAGCCCGAACCCGAACCCGAGCCCGAGCCCGAGCCCGAGCCCGAGCCCGAGCCCGAGCCCGAGGCGAAGCCCGAGGCGGAGAUGGACGAGCCCGAGGCGAGCGCGACCGACAGGGUCGUGA